AGUAACAUCUUAGACAUGGCUCCAAGAAUCAACAUGCCAGAUCCUGUGUGCCUCAUUGAGAACACUGAGGGGAAACUGAAAGUUAACCUGGACGCUUUGGAGAUCCUGUCUGGCAUUACAAAGCCUGUGGUGGUGGUGGCUAUUGUGAGCCUCUACCGCACGGGCAAAUCCUACCUGAUGAACAGGCUGGCAGGAAAGAACAAGGGCUUCUCUGUUGGAUCCACGGUGCAGUCUCAUACCAAAGGAAUCUGGAUGUGGUGUGUGCCUCAUCCUAAGAAGCCAGGCCACACCCUAGUUCUACUCGACACAGAAGGCCUGGGAGAUAUAGAGAAGACUGACAACAAGAAUGAUACCCAGAUCUUUGCACUGACUCUCAUUUUGAGCAGCACUUUGGUGUACAAUACCAUGAACAAAAUUGACCAGGGAGCUAUCGAUUUACUGCACAAUGUAACAGAACUGACAGAUCUGCUCAGGGCAAGAACCUCACCAGACCUUGAUGGAGCUGAAGAUGCUGCUGGUAGCAUGAGUUUCUUUCCAGACUUAGUGUGGACUCUGAGAGAUUUCUGCUUAGACCUAGAAAUAGACGGGCAACUCAUCACAGCAGAUGAAUACCUGAAGAAUUCACUGAGGCCAAAGCAAGGUAGUGACCAAAGGAUUCAAAAUUUCAAUUUGCCCCGUCUAUGUAUACAGAAGUUUUUUCCAAUAAAGAAAUGCUUUAUCUUUGACUCUCCCACUUACCAAAAGAAGCUUGCCCAUCUUGAGACACUGCAUGAUAAUGAGCUAGAUCCUGAAUUUUUGCAGCAAGUGGCAGAAUUCUGUUCUUACAUCUUCAGUCAUUGUAUGAUCAAAACUCUUCCAGGAGGUAUCAAGGUCAAUGGACCUCGUCUAAAGAACCUGGUGCUGACCUAUGUCGAUGCUAUCAGCAGUGACAAUCUUCUCAGAAUGGAGAACGCAGUCCUUGCCUUGACCCAAAAAGAGAAUUUGGCUGCAGUACAAAAGGCCGUUGCUUACUACGACUGGCAGAUGGGCCAGAAGGUGCAGCUGCCCACAGAAACAUUUCCGGAGCUGCUACACUUGCAUCUAGCCAGUUCUUUCUGAAAAGUAUUUCUAGCAUCUUCACUAUGGAUUUUUAUCUCUUUGAAGAGACUACUGAAUAAAAAGAAGAAAAACAUUUUUAAACAGAACGUGGAAGCGUCGUCGAAUCGUUGCUCAGCUUUACUGCAGGAUAUUUUUGGUCCUCUGGAAGAAGCAGUGAAGAAGGGAAUUUAUUCUAAGCCAGGAGGCCAUAAUCUCUUCAUUCAGAAGGUAGAAGAGCUGAAGGCAAAGUACUAUCAGACACCUGGAAAAGGAAUAAAGGCUCAAGAAGUUCUGCAGAAAUAUUUAAAGUCCAAGGCAUCUAUGAGUGAUGUGAUCCUUCAGGCAGACCAGGCUCUCACAGCAAGGGAACAAAAGAUGAAAGUGGAAUGUGUGAAAGCGGAGGCUGCAAAGGCUAAUGCACAAAGGUUGGAGGCAAUCCAAAGGAGGAACCAGGAAAGAAUGAAGCAGCUGGAGAGACUCCAUCAGGAACAAGUGAGACAGAUGGAGCUAUCCAGAAAAAAUUGGAUGACAGAGAUAAGGAGGACGCAGGAACGUCGUUUCCAGGAAGAGACUGAAAAGCUCAAGGCGUCAAUCCAAGCUGAACACAGAAGACUUCAUAAUGAGGUCCAGCAGCUCCAAAGGACUGUUAAUGCAGAUGAUUCAUGUAUCUUACUCUAA